AUGGCGGCUCUGGCAUGGCUUGCUCAUCAGAUACAAUCCAUCGUGGACCCGAACAGUCCAAUGUCUUCCGUGGCCAUGAUCAUGUCGGGAUGUGUUCUUAAUGUGAUUGUCUUGGAAAUGAUUUUAAAUUUGGACUCAAAGAUGGGACCUCUGUUAACUCUUAUUCAAUUUAUAUUUAUUUCUCUUGAAUCAUUACGGCAUAACAUUGACUGGGAAACAAAAUCUUUGAAGAAGAGAGCCAUUCCUUUAUGGUUCUACUCUAUUCUUGUGUUCUUGUUCUUUUUCCAAUCCGUUGUAAAUAAUUUAGUUUUCAAGUAUCAUAUUUCUAUUAUUUUACAUACGAUAUUCCGAUCGAGCUCCUUGUUGAUGAAUUUAUUGAUUGGAAUUUUACUCUUUGGUAAAUCACAACCAAAAGAAAAGAUUAUUUCUGUUCUAAUGAUUACAGUUGGAAUAUUUAUUGCUGUCGUUGCAUCCAACAAGAGUGAGUCCAUUGUGUUUGGACAAGAAAUUGUUGGAACUGCAUGGGUGAUGGGUCUGAUACUACUUACAGCGAGUCAAUUUUCAACUGGGUUAUUAGGAAAUUUACAAUCGUAUGGCUACUCGAAAUAUGGAACAAGUGAUGAGAAUGAGAAUAUUUUCUAUUCACAUCUUCUCUCCAUUCCUUGUUUUAUUUUCUUUAAAGAUGACCUUGUGGAAAAUUUUGGAUCCAUGCAAUCCAAUCCAAUCAUGUAUUGGUACAUGUUUUUAAGUGUACUGACUCAAAUUGUUUGCAUUAAGGGAGUUUACAGAUUGACAGCUCAAACCAAUUCACUCACAACCACAUUGACCAUUACAAUUAGAAAGUUUGUGAGUUUAUUGUUUAGUAUUUUCUAUUUUGGAAAUACUUUUACGUGGCUUCAUGCUGUAGGAACCUUUAUGGUGUUUUAUGGAACUCACCUGUUUGUACAAAAUCCAAAGUCAACCAUAACGAGCGCAGAGUCAGCUCGCUCACAAAGUUUGUCUUCACCGACAACAGAGCUGCCCUCUUCAACAAAACUUCCACCCUCGAAUGAUCUCAAAUCUAAGCCUGUGCAAAAUUAA